ACAUAUUCUGGUAAGGUGCUUAUGUUCCAAAUGAAAAACUGACAUUUCAGAAAGGGGGCAGAGGAGAGGGCAGAAGGAGGGGCACCCAUCCUCUCCUCCAUCAAGAUGACACACAUGAGAGAAUAAGACAGGACUCAUUUAGACGUCUGGCUGGAAUCAGACCGUCCUCUCUGGGUGAGCCUUCUUGUUCCUUCAGCUCUGCCCUUCUCCCUGCCAAAGCCUGUCAGGGAAUUAGCACAGAUAUCAUGCCGGAUUUUGCAGGAAUUUGGAAAAUGAAAAGCAGCGAGAAUUUUGAUGAACUUCUGAAAGCCCUUGGUGUGAAUGCCAUGCUCAGGAAAGUAGCAGUGGCUGCAGCUUCUAAACCCCAUGUUGAGAUCCGUCAGAAUGGAGACCAGUUUUAUAUUAAGACAUCUACCACAGUUAGAACUACAGAGAUCCAGUUCACAGUUGGGAAAGAGUUUGAUGAGGAGACUGUGGAUGGCAGAAAAUGCAAGAGUUUUCCUGUAUGGGAGAAGGCAAAUAAGAUCUACUGUAAGCAGACUCUAGUGGAUGGGACAGGACCCAAGACAUAUUGGGCUCGUGAACUUGCAGGAGAUGAGCUGAUUCUAGUUUUUGGGGCAGACGAUGUGGUCUGUACAAGGAUAUAUGUAAAAGCAUGAAAACAAAUUAAUACAUGCUCUCAGAACCUUUCUUUACCCAUCAGCUAUGUAAGGAUCCUGCCACACCAGUCCAUCUGUUGUAUACUUAAAGGUUGAAAUAGUGUUGUCAUUCACUAGUAGAAUCAGACUGCGCUCUUACAAAAUGCAUUGUUUUUAUAGUAGUGCCCAAAGCUUCUGGGGCAUGAAUCUCCAAUGAUCUGAAAAAGCUCAGUGUGCAUUGGUGCUAUUUCAAUACAUAUUGCCAAGCAUGUUUACUCUUAGUUCUCACCAUGUCACCUAUUUUAUUGCUAAACAGCCAAUAAAUAGUCU